AUUUGUCAGAGCGACGUAAAGGCAUCGCUCUGUCACGUGACAGUCAGUUAUGGCGUCCUCCUGGAGACAGCUAGUUUGUUUACGCUCUGGGCUGUGGAUCCUAAUAUUCUACUACGUUUACUCUCAUUUAAAGGUGGUUCUGGCUGAAGACGUGGACAGCUGCGAAAACCUAAGACUCGGACAGUAUCUCUGUAAAGAUCCAAAGAUCGAUGAAGCCACUCAGGAGCCGGAGAACUGCAGGGAAAAGACGGCCUGGGUGGAGUGUCUCCCAGCACCGAACAUCAGCUGUCGAUUCUCCAAUGGGACGGAGUUCAGGUUCAGUGGGGACGAAGUGGGCUUCAACAAAACCAUCACCUGCAGGAACGUGAGUGGGUAUUCCUACAAAGUAGCUGUGGCAUUAUCUCUGUUUCUGGGCUGGCUCGGAGCGGACCGCUUCUACCUGGGGUACCCUGCUCUAGGACUGCUCAAGUUCUGCACCGUUGGUUUCUGCGGAAUCGGCACUCUGAUCGACUUCAUACUGAUCGCCAUGCAGAUCGUGGGUCCAGCAGACGGAUCAAACUACAUUGUGGAUUAUUACGGUGCCCGGCUGACCCGCCUAUCCAUCAGCAAUGAGACCUACAGAAAGCCUCAUGUGUCUCUAUGAACACCUGGACGGGAACCCUGUCUCUCCAUCAGUCAUGUAAAUGCAGCCGACUCGUGGCGUUUACCUUAAACAUCAACCUCCUCACAUGACUCUGCACCCGACAAAGGAGAACACUGAACUUUGUUUCCACUUUGGAAGAACAGUGACCGUCCACGGUGUUUUAAACCUGUGUGCAUGUUAGCUUCACACCCGUGCAUCAGCUUUUCUCUUCGUUUCCUUUCCUCCUGCUGCUUUUUGUUCAUUUCUAUGAAAAUCAGCCGUGUCUCAAGGACACUCUGCUGCUCUGUGGUUUGGAAGCUGCAGAUGUUAAACUGAGCUUUCUGCGUCCACAUCUGUCCAGCUGUUCCUGUUUAGGCUAUUUUUGUUUUAUUUAUUUUGAUGAUGUAAUAUAUUGUGAUGAUGUUGUUUUUCCAUAAAACAUAACAUUGUAAAUAAAGUUCCGUUACUGUUGA